AAUUGGGUAAUCUUUGUAAAUGUUUGCAAUUCGAUUAUAGUGUGUUGUGAAGUUAUCAAUUAAGAUGGAGUUCAACUAAGGAUAGUGUUUCUAAUUUGUGACAAUGAGUGACUCCAAUUUUCUUGGAAUAUCUACGUAGUUUUUCAGUAACAGUUUACCGAGAAUAGUGGAGAAAAAGAUGAUUCUCAUCUCAAGCAUGCAGGAAACAAAUAUGGAAGUCAUGAUUCUAUAAAGGUUUAAUAGGAUUCACCGAUAACGGAUUAAGAUGAAUAAAUAAUACAUGUAGAUUAACAUUUUUAAAGGAAUAUGUGCCAAAUUAGGGGAUAGAAUCAAAUAUGGACAAAUCUGCUAAGAAAAAGAAUAACACCAAUGGUAAAUACAAAAAAAACUGCAAAGCAGAUAAUUAUGAUGAAGUUGUAACUUGUUGUUUUUGCCUCAAAACUAAAAAGAGCAAAAAGAAAAGUUUAAUCACAGGAUGUGUUACAAAUUUAGGAAUCUUUGCUCUACUUAUAAUUUACACUUUAAUGGGGGCGUUUAUUUUUCUCGCAAUUGAAGGUAGUGCUGCUAAAGUUCAUCAAAAGACUCUAGCAGCUACCUCGUAUCAUGGAAAUGAGAAUCAAAAAACAAUACCACUCUCAAAAGUGAACAGUAGUAUUGCACAAGCGAGUGCAGAAUUAAGAUCUCAGACAGUUGAAAGUAUUUGGGAAAUAACUGUAUCUUUGAACAUACUGUAUAAAGAAAAUUGGACAAGGUUGGCUGCUCAAGAGAUAGCAAGGUUUCAAGAAAAGCUUGUUGCGAGGGUCGCUGCUGACGUCACCGAGCAAUACGGAGGAGUCCGAGCACUGGAGUCAGCGCCCGCUUUAAUUACCGACGACUACGAGUGGAACUUUGCGAAAGCGUUUUUGUAUUCUCUGACAGUGCUCACUACGAUUGGUUACGGCAGUGUAGCACCAAGAACUGCCUUGGGGAAAGCUGUAACAAUUGGAUAUGCUGUGAUAGGUAUACCAUUGACGCUUUUGUAUUUAUCAGUCGUCGGUGCCCUUCUUUCAAGACUUGCGAGAAGCGUUUUUAGCAGAGCACUAUGUUGCUGUCUUUGCACAAAAUGUGGAUACUGUUGCCUCGAUGAACAUACGAUGGCUACCAAAGAACAAAAAGGCAAGGUUAGAAGACAAGACGAUUAUAGAACUCAAACUCUACAUUUACAAGAACCGUAUUAUGUUCGGUCGCCUUCGGGUACUAUUAUAUCAGCUUCCCAAGCAAACAGUUUAAGCACAAAUUCUGUCAAGGAUAAGACACAAGGACUAAGUUUUCUAAGAGACUGUGACUCCAUGAGUUGUACCGAUACCGAUUCAAGAGUUUCUCUCCGUGGUCUUUCAAUUCUUGCCCCCAUUUCAUUGUGUCUGGCAGCGAUAUUUACUUACAUAUUUUUCGGUGCGUUGGUUCUCUACCAACUGGAGGGAUGGAGUCCUAUCGAUGGCAUAUAUUUCUGCUUCAUGAGUCUCAGUACUAUCGGUUUCGGUCAUUUGGCACCAGGAGUGACACAGAAGAAUGGGGCAUCUAGCGGUACUGUGUGGUUCUGUUCCAUUUACAUAAUGACUGGUCUGGCUCUGACUGCGAUGUGCUUUAACGUUCUCCACGAUGAGAUAGUUCAUCGUCUGAGACAUCAUGAGAAGAUGUUGAAAGUGACAUCACAGAAAAUGUUAGCACCUGAGUUCUUACAGAGGUCUUGACGGGACGACAGCAUGAAUUUGACAGAUGAAACAUUGACAAAUUCAGAUAAUGAAACGCUACCAGAAAUGUUACAGCAUGUAUCUAGCUCAAAGUGUGAGGGUGUUUUCCGUAGAUCAGUGUACAUGGUCAAAGAAGAGAAUGAACCAGAAGAAGGUGUCCUAAUGUAAUUAGAUGUUUUUAAUAUUACAAUAAUAAUCAUAGACUUUUGUAUUGAUACUAUUGAGUUGGUGUGUGAAAAUAUUUGUAAUUUAAGGUAUUUCUGAUUGUCUCAAGGGAUAUUAUAGUAAUAUGGAAUGAUUUAAACUUGAAUACAAUUAUUAAUCAAGUAAGGAAAUGACUGAAUUGUUUGAUUACGAUGUUGAUAUGAGUGGUGAUUGUAUAAUCUAAUGAAAUAAAUGGUUUAUAAUUGGAAUAUUAAACAUUGUUAUGAACAAAUUUGUGUGAACGCUAUAAUAGUUAAAGUAGUUGUAAGAACUUAUUUAUUUAUAAAUGUUUAUUUUAAAAAUAUCAAUGGAAUUAAAUGAUCGGCUGAAACU